AAAUCUUGACGUGGCAUCAUCAGUAGCGCAGCUAGCGCUUGUCAGUCUCCGCCUUUAUCGGUCCAGCGCGGCGUAAAGUCUCUUUUAUGGGUUUUAUCCUCCAUUAAUACAGCGCACCAAACAUGUUUACGCUCUCGGAACUCGUCGUGCUCCUCGGCGCGCUGUGUUACACGGCGAGCGGCUAUUUUGUGAGCAUCGACGCUCACGCGGAGGAGUGUUUCUACGAGCGCGUGAACUCGGGCACCAAAAUGGGCCUGAUGUUUGAGGUCGCCGAGGGAGGAUUUCUGGACAUCGACGUGGAGAUAACCGGUCCGGACGGGAAGCAGAUCUAUAAAGGAGACCGCGAGUCCAGCGGCAAGUAUUCUGUAGCCGCCCAUAUGGACGGAACCUACAAGUUCUGCUUCAGCAACAAGAUGUCCACCAUGACCCCUAAGAUCGUGAUGUUCACCAUCGACAUCGGCGAGGCGCCCAAAGGACAGGACAUGGAGACGGAGGGAGGUGGUGACAGCUGGGAUGCUCAUCAGAAUAAGCUGGAGGAGAUGAUCAAUGAGCUGGCGGUUGCCAUGACGGCGGUCAAACAUGAGCAGGAAUACAUGGAGGUCCGAGAGAGAAUACACCGCGCAAUCAAUGACAACACGAACAGCAGGGUGGUGCUGUGGUCCUUCUUCGAGGCUCUGGUGCUGGUGGCCAUGACCCUCGGACAGAUUUACUACCUGAAGAGAUUCUUUGAAGUGCGGAGAGUCGUAUAAAAUCCUGUCGGUGUUCCACAACAUAAACGCAUCGAGUCCAAGAUUUACCAGUUUUACGAAUUGGAUGUCCAAUUCAGCAGAGAUGGGAAGAACUUGGUUGUUCGCUAGUCCACCGAUCUGUGUUUUGGUUUUUAUUUGCCCCAGUUGUACUUCUCUUCAUUGUUUGUUUUGGUAAAAGGUGCGAUUUUGAGUUUGUUUUAGCCUGACUUUAUUUUAUUUUUGUUUUGCUUGGUGUUUCUUUCCCAGUACUGUUAAGAUUGCACAUUACUCUGAGAAUGAAGUAAAGGUGAUGUGGUAUCGCCCCAAUACAAGAACAUGGAUUAGGAUUGUAUGGAAAUAGCAUGAUGUAAUUAAACCAUAACAUGAACAAUGCUGCGAGCGAGUGGGAAGUCGGCGGUCGCUGAUAUAAGUGUCAGGAGAUGUCACUGCGAGCACAUUUCACGUCAUUUUCACCGCUCAUUAUCACAUUUAGUUAUGCCAACAACAACCUCCAUGGCACAUAUUUAAACCUGAUGCUGGUGAAGCGGUAAAAUGACUGCUUGCUUACUUUUGCAGAUUUUCUGGUGUGUUUUUUAAAUGUUUAGGCAGGGUAGGGCCAAUUUCUUUUCUUUCUCUAUCUCCAGUUUCUUCACACAGGAAGUACUUUAUGUAGUUUUGUACCAUUUUUUGGUGUCUAGACCAACUCUUACAUUAAAGAAAAUGCUAAAUAAUUUGGCAAAGACUACUGGUGAACGAAUAUGUAUGUCAAAUAUGGAUUUGAUUUAAUAAACAUGAAACGUUCUUAAAA